CCUUGUCAACGAUUGCUUAGUAACAACAUCACAUGGUUUAAGCAAUGCAACAUGUCAAUGUUUAUGUUUAAUUUACUUUGAUUUUUACUAAUUGUUCAUCAUAUUUUCACUUAUUCGCUUGCAUUUUAACGUCUUAAAAUAACUAUGACAGAAACAGAACCUCCAUCUGAUUGUCCAACAUCUCGACUUGUUGUGAAAAACUUACCCAAUUCUAUAACUGGAGAUAAACUCAGCAAACUUUUCUCUACAGAAGCAGAGAUUACUGAUUUACAAUUGAAAUUCAAAAAGAAUGGAAAAUUUAGAAACUUUGCUUUUGUUGGUUAUAAAACUGAGGAUGCAGCUGCACGUGCUAAAGAAGCUAUGGAUAACACUUGUAUUGGAAGAUGUAAAAUUUCUGUUGAAUUUUGUCGAAAAUUAUAUGAUCAUCAAUCUGAUUCCAAGUCUGCUGGAAGUGCAAAGAAGGAUAAAAAUAAACAAAAACAGAAACAAGUUAAAGCUGUUGAAAGUACUGAAAAAGAAGAAGAUGAAAACGAUGUUAAAGACUCCAUUCUAUCAGAAUACAAACAACUUGAAAAGGAUCCAGAAUUUGUAGAAUUUGUUCAGACUCAGCGGAACAUUGGCUCAUCUAAGAAAAAAAUUUGGGAAAAUGAUGACGUGAAGAAUACCAAUGAGGAUUCGGACAAGAAAAAGCCUAAGAAGGAGAAAAAGCAGAAAGAAAUCAAGCCAAAUAAACCGUCUGUCAAGGGAACUUUCAAGAACACAAUCAAAUUGAAAAGAUUUCCGAUCGAUAAAUGUAAAAAGAGGUUUAUCAAAGAAUUCCUCAAUCCUCUCAAACCAAUUAGCAUUCGAGUUGCACCCAAGCAGAAAGGAAUUGCUUAUGCUUCAUUUAAAACAGAAGAAGAGGUUAUAAAAGCUUUAGGUAAAAAUCGGAGCGUUUAUAGCGGUCACUUAGUAACUGUUCUAAAAUACGAAGUUAAAGAUGAUGAGCCCGAAAAGCCUAGUAAUCCUAAAGGUCGUGUCGAAAAGCAAGUCUCUGAAGACGUUCUAGUGGAAACUGGUAGAAUAUUUGUUCGAAAUUUAUACUAUCAGUGUAAAGAAGAAGAUCUUGAAAAAUUAUUUAAUAAGUAUGGACCGAUUGCCGAAGUUCAUUUACCUAUCGAUUCAGAGACUAAAAAAAUCAAGGGAUUUGGUUUUGUGGCUUUUGUAUUUCCUGAACAUGCUAUCAAAGCAUUUAAUGAACUUGAUGGAACAAUAUUUCAGGGUCGAACUCUCCAUUUAAUACCUGGAGAAAUGAAAACUGGUGGAGAAGGAGUUCAUUUGGAGAGUAAAAGUUCAUUUAAAAAAGGAAAAGAACUUGAGAAUAAGACGAACGCAUCCAAAGGAUUCAAUUGGAACUCACUGUUUCUUAAUUUCAAUGCUAUUUCUGAUUUAAUAAGUGAACGCUAUGAUGUCAAGAAAAGUCAAUUAUUGAUGGAAGGAAAACCUUCUGAGUCGAUACCUGUUCGUAUGGCCUUAGCAGAAACUCAAAUUGUCACUGAAACAGCGAAAUAUCUUAGCGAAAAUGGAGUUAAACUCAAUGCUUUCCAUAAUUCCAGAAGUCCUCGUAGCAAAACAGUAUUCUUGAUAAAGAAUCUGCCUGCCAAAACUGAUAUAGAUGAACUAAAGAAACUUGUUGAACAAUUUGGAACAGUCAAAAGGAUCAUUUUACCGCCAUUUGCUGUAACAGCGUUAGUUGAAGCUGAUAAUCCUGUUGAAGCAAGAACCAUGUUUAGUAGAUUAGCUUAUUCUAAUUUCCAUUUAGUUCCCUUAUACCUUGAAUGGGCUCCAAUGGACGUAUUUGGUUCAACUGAUCCUGAUAACUCUGAAAAAGAUCAGCACGAAACGAAAGAUUUACCAGAGAAAACUAACCAUACAGAAAAACAAAGUGAAAUAUCUAAACCAUUAGACGAACCAUGUGAAGAAGAGACAACUAUUUUAGUUAAAGGUCUGAAUUUCUCUACCGACGAAGAAAAUCUGAAAGAACAUUUUAUGAAGUGCGGUAAAAUCCACAAAGUUACAAUUUCAAGGAAAAAGGCAGCGGAUGGUUCGUUAAAAUCUAUGGGAUUUGGUUUCGUACAGUUUUAUCAAAGGAAAGCUGCACAAAAAGCAAUGAAAUCUUUACAAAACUCUGUUUUAGAUAAUUUUACCUUGACGCUACAAUUAUCUCGAGUUCAAAAAGAUAAAUCUGAAGUAAUCAAAGCCGAAAAAGAAAAGAAAACAAUGAUCCAAACGCAAAAUGGAGCUAAAAUAUUAGUGAGAAAUAUUCCAUUUGAAGCUGUAGAUAAAGAUAUUGAACAAUUAUUUGAGGCUUUUGGACAGUUGAAAUUUGUGCGUCUUCCAAAGAAACUUGCUGGUACAGGAAACCAUCGAGGAUUUGGUUUUGUUGAGUUUAUUAACAAAGAGGAUGCUGCAAGAGCUUUCGAUGCUUUGAGUUUAAGUACUCAUUUACUUGGAAGAAGAUUAGUUUUGGAAUGGGCUGCGAAAGAAAGUGAUGAUAAUGAACAUCAUGAAAGUUUAGAGGAAGCCUCACGUAAAAUGAAAUACUAUAUUGACAAAGAACCGACUAAGUUGAAGAAAUCUCAUCUUGUUGAAGAAUUGAAUAAAUCUAAAAAAGCGAAGAAUAUGGAUGAUAUGGACGACAUGGAUGAUAUUUAAGACUUGCGAAAUGCAAUUGAAUUUAUUUUGUUAAUGAAUAUGUAUGUAAACACUAAUUUAUCCAAUGUUAUAAAUUAAAAAAAACAAUUUUUGUAAUGAA